AUGGAUUUGAUAGUCAUGAUUGCUUUUGUUUGGUAUUGGAUUUUGGGAUUGAAGUAUUUCUCACUACAGAAGAAUAAGUGGUUGAAUGGUGUCAUGUCGGCUCCAAGGAGCUACUUCACUUUCGGUCUUCGGUGCUCCCUUCGAACUGAUAUCCAAAGAUUCCCAGGAAGAGAAUGGUUUGAAAUGAUGCUAUUGGAGACGACGGUAAAGAACUGUGGAGACAUCGUCCAUAUGCACGUAGCUGAGAGAAAUGUGCUGCAUGAAAUGGUGAAAAUAGUGAAAAAGAAGCCCGACUUUCAUGUCAAAGAGAAGAUAUUGAUUCUAAUUGAUACUUGGCAAGAAGCCUUUGGAGGGCCAAGGGCAAGAUAUCCACAAUUUUUUGCUGCAUACCAGGAGUUGUUGGUAAGUUGUCGUAUUGGGGCAGUAUUCCCUCAGCGAUCAGAGAGGUCUGCACCUGUAUUUACACCUCCACAAACACAUGCUCUGUCAUCUUUUCCGCAAAAUCUGCGUAAUCCGGAGUCUCAAGAAGAAGUAGCUGACUCUUCUGCAGAGCCCGAGUUUCCAACCCUGAGGUACAUUGCCUUGUUCCUUUUUGUUCAAGAGAAAGUUAACACAAAAAAGUGGAAAUAUAUUUUAUAUAGUUUUCUUUGCCAGUUGGGGCGGUACAUUAUGGUGGUGUCAAAUCCUAGUUCUUUAUGGUUCUUUCUUGGUACUGGAGUCAAAUUCAAAGCUAUAAUGUCUCAAAAUGAGGAAGCCAUAGUGGGGCAGUGCUCAGUUCUACAGCCCUUCAUUCUAUUGAUUCUGAACUUCAUUCACGAAGAAACCGGACUUCCAAUUGGCCAGCCUUUUUUGCAUGAUGUUCGGCUUGAUAUACUUUUUUGUUCUGCGUCUAUAGGAUAA